AUGACAUGGUUGAACUGCUUCUGGCACCCAGGGAGUACGGAACCGGAGACAUGUGCAAUGUGCAGGACGGCGCUAGGCGCCCGCCGAGGGCUCGCGAGUCAUGGAUUUCCGCCGGUGCUGGAAGGACAGUGUCCGUGCUGUGGGCCAAAUGGCUUCAUGCAGCCGAGUUGUCAGAACCUCGAAUGCCACCGCAAUCGAAGACUUCGCGUCCUCCGGGAGCAGGCACGCGAUCCUGACCGGCACGAUCCUCCUCCCCCUGGCCCCCAGUUUCCUGGUGGGAUCAGGGGCCCCCGCACCAUAUAUUGCAUCAUGACGCAGGAACAGGAAGCCCGCCUUAGCGAAUACGAACGCUCGCUUCCCGGGGAGCGACUUGAUUUGGGGGUGCCCAUGCCCACUUUAAGAACGGCCCGCGAUAGCGAGGGCCUUCCUCAAGACCCCCGGGGGGCUUGGAGUUGGAUGCAGUAUAACCGACAGAUGCUCGAGUGGGAAGUUCUUCAGGAGCUCCAGAAAUGUGAUAGACGAGAGUAUCUACAGCGAGAGGUCGUGCAGCAGCUGAAUUCCAGGAAUGGGAUGCAAGAUUCGGAAGAUGCGGUUCCGAGUAUCAGCAGCACCACUAACGGUGACCCCGGCCCAAGAGAUCGAGCGUUGGAGCGGUUGCAGACGGCUCGGUGGGCAGAGCCAGACCCAGCUCCAGUGAUAUCGACCGUCGACAUCAUACGCUUCAUUUUCAAAUCUUCCAUACCCGAGUCCUACCUGGCUUUGAUCGAGGAAUAUGGAGAUCGCGAGGUAGCCCCGAGCACGGCGAUUGCAAUCCAGAAGCUGCUAAUGCGGCAGGCAAUCGGAAGGCCGCUGAAUUGGGCUGUUCGCCUUGAUACGCCGGUGCGAGUCGACCGCCCUGUCCCAUGUAACUGCAAUCCGCGGCGCGGUCCGGCACUGAGCAUCCCUAAGGUCACAACUCGGCCCGGUUCCACUUCCUAUCGACGGAGGCCUUAUUCCAGUUACCGGCCUGACACACGCGACUCCAGAGUGCUGAUUCCAACUUGCCCCUGCUGCGGGGUAUACGCGACAGACAUGCCAUGGCCAACGUUUCAAGGCGCAACCUUGGAUAACCCUCUGCUACACGACGACACUGCCCCUCCACCCGAGGUUCCAGUUACCGAUAUACCCCGUCUGCCGGCUCAGAAUCUCAAUCUUCCAAUGGUUGAAUAUGUUAGCAUGGAUCUGGAAGGGAACGUCAUAGACGAGGCAUUUGAAGCCGCAAGUGAGUAUGGUGAGGAAGACGACCAGGAUGACAUGUGGUGA